AGAGGAAGAAACAAAACUGACCUUUGGUCUCAGCCUACAGUCAGCUUCACACAAAAAUACUGGGCUGCCAAAAUACUACUACUGUCAUCAACAUCAUCAUCAAUUCUACUCUGAAAAAAAGAAUAAGAAAAGUGUGGCUCCAAAACUCUCUUCUUUUUAUCUCCCAAUCCUUCCUACUCUCCACACAUUCUUUACCAUUUCCGCACCCACAUUCUCUCUAGACCAUUCACUUUUUCUCUCUCUACCUAUACCUAUACACACACAACACACAACACACAACACACACACAACACACACGCACAGUCGAGUUCUGAUUGUGUUAGAUGGCGGUGAAUCCGGUGGCAAACGUUCCGCAGUUACUCUACGCGAACGGGCAGCCACCGAAGAUUCUCACGGGGAGUAAAGACGGUGUAUUUGUUGAUUUCGUUGGUUUGAACUGUAAAUCCAGCAAGCGGAUUCGUCGAAGGAUUGGUUAUGCGGCAGCUAACAGGAGAAGCUUCAUAAACAACAGAUGGAAUGCAAUUAAUGCUGUUCUUGACCUUGAACGUGUUGCCAGUAAUAUAUCUCAGCAAUCCGCUAGUAUAGUGCCUAAGGUUGCCGACUUGGAUGAUAUAUUAUCUGAAAGAGGCGCAUGUGGGGUUGGUUUUAUUGCUAAUUUGGACAAUAAAGCAUCACAUGGGAUCGUCAAGGAUGCUCUUGUGGCUCUUGGCUGCAUGGAACAUCGUGGAGGUUGUGGAGCUGACAAUGAUUCUGGUGAUGGUUCUGGACUGAUGACUUCGAUUCCUUGGGAUCUUUUCAAUGAUUGGGCUGAGAAAGAAGGAAUUGCAGUCUUUGACAAGCUUCAUACUGGCGUUGGAAUGAUUUUUCUUCCUAAGGAUUGUAACCAGAUGAAUGAAGCCAAGAAAGUUAUUUCCAAUAUCUUUAACAACGAGGGUCUUGAGGUGCUUGGAUGGAGGUCGGUUCCAGUAGAUUCUUCUGUAGUUGGAUAUUAUGCAAAAGAAACUAUGCCCAACAUACAACAGGUUUUUGUUCGAAUUGUUAAAGAGGAAAAUGUUGAUGAUAUUGAAAGAGAACUCUAUAUAUGUAGAAAACUCAUUGAGAGGGCUGUGAACUCAGAGAUUUGGGGAAAUGAACUUUAUUUCUGUUCAUUGUCCAAUCAAACCAUAGUUUACAAGGGAAUGCUUCGUUCUGAAGUCCUUGGAAGGUUCUAUUAUGACUUACAAAGUGAGCUCUAUACAUCUCCCCUUGCUAUUUAUCAUCGUAGAUACAGUACAAACACCAGUCCCAGGUGGCCUCUUGCUCAACCAAUGAGGUUUCUGGGUCAUAAUGGAGAGAUCAACACUAUACAGGGAAACUUGAAUUGGAUGCAAUCCAGAGAGGCUUCAUUGAAGUCAACUGUUUGGCGUGACCGUGAGGAUGAAAUCCGUCCUUUUGGCAACCCAAAGGCAUCUGAUUCUGCAAAUUUAGACAGUGCUGCUGAAUUACUCAUAAGAAGUGGCCGGGCUCCCGAGGAAGCGCUGAUGAUUCUUGUCCCAGAAGCAUAUCAAAAUCAUCCAACAUUGACUAUUAAAUAUCCAGAGGUUCUUGAUUUUUAUAAUUAUUACAAGGGUCAGAUGGAAGCUUGGGAUGGGCCAGCCUUACUCUUAUUCAGUGAUGGGAAAACAGUCGGUGCUUGUCUUGAUCGUAAUGGACUUCGUCCUGCAAGAUAUUGGCGGACCGAAGACAACAUUGUCUAUGUUGCAUCUGAGGUUGGUGUGAUACCCAUGGAUGAUUCAAAGGUAACAAUGAAAGGACGUUUAGGUCCUGGUAUGAUGAUAAGUGUUGAUCUAUCAAGUGGUCAGGUAUUCGAGAAUACAGAAGUCAAAAAGCGAGUUGCAUUGUCCAAUCCAUAUGGGGAGUGGGUUAAAGAAAAUUUGCGAUCUUUGAAGCCGAUGAACUUUCUUUCAACAACAGUAAUAGAUGGUGAAACCAUACUAAGACGCCAACAGGCAUAUGGCUAUUCUAGUGAGGAUGUUCAAAUGGUUAUUGAAAGUAUGGCUGCACAAGGGAAGGAGCCUACAUUUUGCAUGGGAGAUGAUAUUCCCUUGGCUGUAUUAUCUCAAAAGCCACAUAUGCUAUAUGAUUAUUUCAAGCAACGGUUUGCUCAGGUUACAAAUCCAGCUAUUGAUCCUCUCAGAGAAGGAUUAGUCAUGUCCCUUGAAGUCAACCUCGGAAAGCGUAGAAAUAUACUAGAGGUUGGACCUGAAAAUGCUUCUCAGUUUAUUUUGCCCAGUCCUGUUCUUAAUGAAGGAGAGCUUGAAUCUCUUUUGAAAGAUUCACACUUGAAACCUCAUGUUUUGCCAACAUUUUUUGAUGUUGGGAAAGGAGUUGAUGGGUCCUUGAAACGGUCACUCUAUAAACUAUGUGAAGCAGCUGAUGAAGCUGUAAGAAAUGGUUCUCAAUUGCUUGUUCUCUCCGAUAGGUUUGAUGAAUUGGAGGCUACUCGGCCUGCGAUUCCAAUUCUUCUUGCUGUAGGUGCUGUUCACCAGCAUCUGAUUCAAAAUGGCCUUAGAAUGUCAGCUUCAAUUAUUGCUGAUACUGCCCAGUGCUUCAGUACUCAUCAGUUUGCUUGCUUGAUCGGAUAUGGUGCAAGUGCUGUUUGUCCAUACUUGGCAUUUGAGACAUGUCGACAAUGGCGCUUGAGCACCAAAACUGUGAACUUGAUGCGAAAUGGGAAAAUGCCUAGUGUCACCAUUGAACAAGCUCAAAAGAACUUCUGCAAGGCAGUUAAAUCCGGGCUUCUCAAAAUUCUUUCUAAAAUGGGGAUCUCCUUGCUCUCGAGUUAUUGUGGUGCACAGAUAUUUGAAAUCUAUGGAUUGGGAAAGGAGGUCGUAGAUGUUGCAUUCUGUGGCAGUAAAUCGAGCAUUGGUGGAUUAACCCUUGAUGAGCUGGCAAGAGAGACUUUAUCAUUCUGGGUGAAGGCUUUCUCUGAAGAUACAGCAAAACGACUAGAGAACUAUGGUUUCAUACAAUUCAGACAAGGAGGUGAAUACCAUGGAAACAACCCAGAGAUGUCAAAACUGCUCCAUAAAGCAGUCCGCCAAAAGAGUGAAAGUGCCUAUUCAGUUUAUCAGCAGCAUUUGGCUAAUCGACCUGUAAAUGUUCUUAGAGAUCUUCUUGAAUUCAAAAGUGAUCGUUCGCCUAUACCGGUUGGAAGGGUUGAACCUGCUUCAGCAAUUGUGCAGCGGUUUUGCACUGGUGGCAUGUCACUUGGAGCUAUUUCAAGGGAAACUCAUGAAGCUAUUGCAAUUGCAAUGAAUAGAUUGGGUGGAAAAUCAAACUCAGGAGAAGGUGGUGAGGAUCCAAUUCGCUGGAAACCACUUACUGAUGUCGUUGAUGGAUAUUCUCCAACACUUCCACAUCUUAAAGGUCUGCAAAAUGGAGACACUGCGACAAGUGCAAUUAAGCAGAUUGCUUCCGGACGCUUUGGUGUCACUCCUACAUUUCUAGCUAAUGCUGACCAGUUAGAAAUUAAAAUUGCUCAAGGUGCAAAGCCAGGUGAAGGUGGCCAAUUGCCUGGUAAAAAAGUUAGCGCUUACAUUGCGAGACUAAGGAAUUCAAAACCUGGAGUUCCUCUUAUAUCUCCACCGCCACAUCAUGAUAUUUAUUCUAUCGAGGAUCUUGCUCAGUUGAUUUAUGACCUUCAUCAGGUCAACCCAAAAGCUAAGGUAUCUGUAAAGCUUGUGGCUGAAGCUGGUAUUGGUACUGUGGCUUCUGGGGUGGCAAAGGGAAAUGCUGAUAUCAUACAGAUAUCAGGGCAUGAUGGGGGAACUGGAGCGAGUCCAGUAAGUUCAAUUAAGCAUGCUGGUGGUCCCUGGGAGCUUGGACUUACGGAGACGCACCAGACACUCAUUGAAAAUAGAUUAAGAGAAAGGGUUGUUCUUAGAGUUGAUGGUGGAUUUAAAAGUGGAUUUGAUGUCAUGAUGGCUGCAGCAAUGGGUGCAGAUGAGUAUGGAUUUGGCUCGGUAGCAAUGAUAGCCACAGGUUGUGUAAUGGCCCGCAUAUGCCAUACAAACAAUUGUCCUGUUGGUGUUGCCAGUCAGGUGAGAGGCAUGUUGGCUCAACUAGGCUAUGAGAAACUGGAUGACAUAAUUGGACACACGGAUAUACUUAGACCUCGGGAUAUAUCAUUAAUGAAAACUCGGCAUCUUGAUCUUAGUUACAUCCUCUCUAAUGUUGGAUUGCCUGAAUGGAGCAGCAGUAUGAUAAGGAACCAGGAAGUUCAUAGUAAUGGUCCCGUUCUGGAUGAUGUUUUGCUUGCAGAUCCAAAGAUAUCUGAUGCAAUUGAGAAUGAAAAGGUCGUCAACAAGACAGUUGAAAUAUACAAUAUUGACCGUGCUGUAUGUGGUCGUAUUGCGGGUGCCGUCGCUAAGAAAUAUGGUGAUACUGGUUUUGCUGGGCAGCUGAACAUAAUAUUUACUGGGAGUGCUGGGCAAUCAUUUGCUUGUUUUCUGACGCCUGGAAUGAACAUCAGACUUAUUGGAGAAGCUAAUGACUAUGUUGGAAAGGGCAUGGCUGGAGGAGAAUUGGUUGUGACUCCCGUCGAAAAUACUGGAUUUUGUCCAGAGGAUGCUACCAUAGUAGGGAACACCUGCUUAUAUGGAGCAACUGGUGGUCAAGUAUUUGUCAAAGGUAAAGCAGGGGAGCGUUUUGCUGUGAGGAAUUCUCUUGCACAAGCUGUUGUAGAAGGCACUGGGGACCACUGUUGUGAGUACAUGACAGGUGGAUGUGUUGUUGUGCUUGGGAAGGUUGGUAGAAAUGUAGCUGCUGGUAUGACCGGAGGUUUGGCAUACAUUCUAGAUGAGGAUGAAACACUUAUACGUAAGGUAAAUAAGGAGAUCGUUAAGAUCCAAAGAGUGGUUGCUCCGGUGGGUCAAAUGCAGCUAAAGAACCUAAUUGAAGCCCAUGUGGAAAAAACUGGUAGCACGAAAGGCUCUCUUAUCCUCAAGGACUGGGACAAAUAUUUGCCUCUCUUUUGGCAAUUGGUUCCACCCAGUGAAGAAGACACCCCUGAGGCCAGUGCUGAAUAUGAGCAAGCAGCUGUCGGGCAGGUCACUUUGCAGUCUGCAGAGAUACCAUUGAAAUAAAUAUGAGGACCAAUCAUAUGCACAGCCAUGACUAUGGUCUAAUCAGCGAACAGUUUGUACAGGAAAUUCAUUUUAAUUUUUAGAAUCAGAUUGUCAGUAAAAGAGAACAGUGAAGUCUGAGAGAUCGAAACACUUGAAAGAUUCAAGCUUACCUUUGUCAAACAAGGGGCUAAUCAUUUGUGAUGCUUGGUAGCUGUACAGUGAUAGUGGAGAAAUUGUAAAUUCUUGAUAAAUUAUGGCAUAAUAGUGCCUUUCCAGUAUUGCUUGCCGAAGAACUUGAAGUUCAGAUACAAUGUUAAUGCUUUUA